UUACCAUUACGUGUUUGGUUUUGAGAGGCAAUGGAAAUGUAUGAAAACACGACGUAUGUGGAGUUUAUUAAUUCCACACAAAACACCACCAGCGCUACAGGGCCCCCUCAAACUGAAACUCUCACUAUAGUUCUCAAUCUUUUGAUCGGUAUCCUACUCGCUGUUAUUAUGGUGGGCAUGGGAUGCGCUGUCGAGCUACAAAAGAUCAAAAAGCAUUUGAAAAGACCAACCGGAGUUAUUACCGGUUUCGUUUGUCAAUUUGGAUUGAUGCCACUGAUCGCAUACAUUCUGAUUCUCAUAUUUUCAUUAUCCGAUGCCCAAUCAUUGGCACUACUCAUCCAAGCAGCGUGUCCUGGAGGAUCAGCAUCUAACGUUGCCACGUAUUGGAUGAAUGGUGACAUGGACUUGAGUAUCACAAUGACAACUUGUUCGAGCAUAUUGGCGCUAGGGAUGAUGCCAUUGUUGCUUUUUCUAUAUGGACAAACAUACAAUGAGUCGUUGGUUGUACCGUUUGAUACUUUAGGCAUUACAUUGGCGACACUUAUCAUCCCAAUUGCUAUUGGAAUCUUUAUUCGCUACAUGUGGCCAUCAAAAGCAACUAUUGUACUGAAGGUAUGCUCUAUCGGCGGUAUCAUAGUAAUUGCUGGGGUUGCAGUCGUUUCAAUUGUCGCUUACGGGUCGCAAUUUGUUGUUACGGCUUUCCAAAUAGUAACAGCUUGUAUUCUGCCAUUCGUUGGAAUGGUAUUAGGUUACGGGCUUUCAUCUCUGGUUUCGCUGUACCGACCGCUAUACCUUCAUCAUAACCAACGAAGAACUGUUUGUGUCGAAACUGGUAUUCAAAACACACAACUGUCAGGGUCGAUCAUUCUCUUAUCUGGUUUUGCGCCUCAAAUUAUUGGCGAAAUGGUCAUUGUCCCAUUACUGUAUGCAAUGGCACAGGUGUUCUGGGCGAUUGCUUUAACUCUCAGUUACCGGUUGUACCAAAGACGAAAGAUAGGCAACUUAACGAAUGAAUCAGUAUUAAUCGAAACAGAAAAUAAAAAACAAGUUUCUGAUGUUGACGACACAAAGGAAUCAGAAGAAUGUAAUGGAGUAGUAAACAUAACUUUCACUGUCUGUCUAUCUGAAAAGCUGUAACUAUAUUUGAUUGAAUGAAUGAAUGAAUGAAUGAAUAAAUGAAUGAAUGAAUGAAUGAAUGAAUGAAUGAAUGAAUGAAUGAA